GGUGACGGUGUGUUUCGGCGAAACCCGUGUUGCCAUGAUGUCAUCGAAUUAAAGUGUGGAUAUCGUGAAGGUUGCGUGCACUUAACCACAAACAUCAUGUCUUCUGGAACUCAAUCACCUCCUCUUGAAGCGACUGGCUCUCACAAUCCGAUGGGAGUGUCCUGUAUCGACGGGAGUUGCUCUAAGCCUAUGAAAGACGUUCAGCAGAGAGAAGGUAAGUCAGGAGUCUCAUCAAGUAUCGGUCUUCGUCGCAUUAAUGUGAAUGCCUCUAUGACAAAUAGAAUAUUUCAGUGAUGCGGUGAGUAACAGUGGUUCAGGGUUUCUUUUCAUCUGCCUUACUGGGAUGAGUGGAAGGUGAAAGAACACUGCGCCAGAGCACAUGAAAUGGCAAGUCAAGGCCCGAAGGCGGGUGAAAAGAAGUAGUGAAUGAAGGUGAUGGAACCGGUUUGAUUGGACACAUGCCCAACUUUAAGCUUAACCUGUGCUCGAGUGGCAUGUAAGGUUGCAAAUUACUUGUUGUAGUCACUGGUCACAAUCAAUUUCGCUGCGAUCCUAU